CGAUUAAUCCACAGGCGCUUUUUUUUCCACUGAAAUGUGAGCAUUGCAAGGGUGAGCGCUGCCCUCGCGGCCGUGAGCGCCUGGGCGCGCGCGCCUGUGUGUGCCUCUGCCGCUGUCAUCACAGAUGUACCCCCAGCUGUCACUCCAUUGCUCCGGCUCUCUGCUCUGCGCACACGCGCGCGCUCUCCUCCCUCUCCCCUCACUUCCCCCUCUCUUAUCUGUCUUCCUCCGUCCCUCCGUCUUUCCUUCUCAGUUUGUUAUUGACCCAACAGCCCCAUCCCCUCUCAACGCAGUGCGACCGGCACUCCGCCGCCGGUGCUGGGUGCUGCGUGCCAGCUUCUGGCUCCCGGACUCCGGGACUCUGCAUCCGGAGCCCACCAGGCUCUGCUUGGCGCUCGUGUCUGGAUUUAGAGCUACCUGAUCUAAGGGGCUUAGGGUCCCAGUGAGGAAAGAAGAGCAAGCUGCUCUCUGCACACCUGGCCUCUUCCCAGCCCUUGGUGAUCUCACCCUCUCCUCCGUGGCCCUGUCUCUCCUGCGCCAGCAGCUGUUGCAGCAUGAACCCCUGAGCUGAUGAGUCUUAUUAUAGACUGGCUGGCAGAAGAGGGAGCAUUGCAAUUCCCCCUAAGGCGACUGUGGAAGCGGAAACAGGGCCACCCAACGGCUCUCACCUGACCUGCCAGCAGACACUGCAAAGGAUCUGGCCUCUAUCUCCCUGAGCCAUGGAGAGAUGGGCCUCAGUUUCCCUACCUGUGAUGUGGGAAAGCCCAGACAGAGGAGACCAUAUUGUAAUGAAAACAUCUUAGAGGUCACCAUUCCAGAGAGGCAUCAAGAAGAGGACUGACAGGCAGAGCACCCCGAGGGCUCCUCUCUCCCCAGAGCUGCAGGGCCUGGAGAGCCGUGGGGUUCACCAUGCUGGCACCGGGUAAUGGCUCUGAGCAGAGGACCAGGCUUGCCCUGCAGUGGAGGCAGGUCUCCUGGAUCACCUGCUGGAUCGCCCUAUAUGCUGUGGAGGCCCUCCCCACCUGCCCUUUCUCCUGUAAGUGUGACAGCCGUAGCUUGGAGGUGGAUUGCAGCGGCCUGGGUCUCACUGCUGUGCCUCCGGAUGUGCCCGCUGCCACCCGAACCCUCCUGCUCUUGAACAAUAAGCUGAGCGCCCUGCCAAGCUGGGCUUUUGCCAACCUGUCCAGCCUGCAGCGGUUGGACCUGUCCAACAACUUCCUGGACCAGCUGCCCCGCUCCAUUUUUGAAGACCUGACGAAUCUGACCGAGCUGCAGCUGCGCAAUAACAGCAUCAGGACCCUGGACAGGGAUCUGCUGCAGCAUUCCCCACUGCUGCGCCACCUGGACCUGUCCAUCAACGGCCUGGCCCAGCUGCCCCCGGGGCUUUUUGAUGGACUCCCGGCUCUGCGCUCCCUCUCCCUCCGCUCCAACCGCCUGCAGAACUUGGACCGACUGACGUUUGAGCCCCUGGCGAACCUGCAACUGCUGCAGGUUGGGGACAACCCCUGGGAGUGUGACUGUAACCUUCGAGAAUUCAAACACUGGAUGGAAUGGUUCUCUUACCGAGGGGGGCGCCUGGACCAGCUGGCCUGCACCCUACCCAAGGAACUGAGGGGGAAGGACAUGCGUAUGGUCCCCAUGGAGAUGUUCAACUACUGCUCCCAGCUGGAGGACGAGAACAGCUCAGCUGGGCUGGAUGUUCCUGGGCCACCCUGCACUAAGGCCAGCCCAGAACCCGCUAAGCCCAAGCCUGGGGCUGAGCCUGAGCCAGAACCCAGUACAGCCUGCCCCCAGAAGCAGAGGUACCGGCCAGUGAGUGUGAGGCGAGCCAUCGGCACAGUGAUCAUAGCGGGAGUCGUCUGCGGCAUCGUCUGCAUCAUGAUGGUGGUGGCUGCUGCCUAUGGCUGCAUCUACGCCUCCCUCAUGGCCAAGUACCACCGGGAGCUCAAGAAGCGCCAGCCCCUGAUGGGGGACCCUGAGGGCGAGCACGAAGACCAGAAGCAGAUCUCUUCUGUGGCCUGAGAGCCCCCCACCUAGCCCAGGUAGGAAGGGCACGGAGAGCUCACCGGAGAUGGCUCUGGAAAGGGCUGGCUCUUCCUCCCAUCACAGUCCCUGCCUUGGCCUGACAAUGGCCACUGCUUCCCCAGUGAUAUUCUCCUCUCCAGCCCUCCAGCAGCGCAGCCAUGGGGUGGCCAUCUCCAUGAUCUUCCAGGUCUCCUGGAAGCUGACAUUGUGCUGAAGUCUCCUGUGCGUGCUCCUCUUAAGGCCACCGAAUCUUUGGAAUACUUGGGGGUGCUCCUUAAGCUUCUGGCCACGGGAAGAAAGAACAUGUGUGCAAGAGGAGCCUUCUGGACUGAGCACGCCCGUCGCCCCUCCUGCCCUGGGGGUGGUCGCAGCUGGGUGACUCUCCUAUCUCUUGCUCACUCCCACAUCAUCUGCACUUAGCGGGCAGGGAGGGAGUGAUUUGGGAGCUAGGGGUAGAUUUCUGUGACUCUUUUCUAAUCCAGAAAGGUAUUCUUAGCCCCUCUACAGUGUGAAAGCUGAGUCCUGCCUUCAGUGGCUAGUACUAACGUGCCGAGACACCAACCCUGUGAUCUGGACACAUCACUUAAACACAUAACGCUGUGAUUACAGCAUCCUGCCCCAGCAGAUGCCAAUCUGUCCCUGUAUCUGCUACAGAUCACUCUGACCACCCUGCUCCAGGAUUCACUGAAAUUCCCUCACACACAUUCACAGCAUCACCAGCACAGUCUCGUGUAUUGAAAUCACACACACACACACACACACACACACACAGUCACAUGAAGACAGAGGCCAUACCAGCUCAGGUGGCAGAGAUAGGCUUCCCCCUCGGGUCUCUAACCCUGGGACCACAGAACUGCUGCUGGCCGCAGUCUUCUCAAAUCAACGGGAGUGGGGGGAGGAACCCAAACCAAUGACACAGGAUUCCUUUGAGAUCCCCUAAAGUGGGCCAAAGUGGUGCUGCUGAAGGAGCCUGCCGUCACCAUGGUAACCUGCUCACACCUCUCCUGCUGGGUUUUCCAGGGACAAGGCCGAGAGGCCUGGAAGCUGCUGCAUGUAUGGACGGCAGCCUCCUGAGAGCCCAGCCACACACUGGGUGUUCCCUCACGAACUGUGAGUGCAGCCUCACUGCCAGGCCGGUGGGGACACCCACCAGUUCCAUGCCUGCAGCCUCAGCACUGCUACUCCGCACCUCCCACCUGCUCCAUCUCCAGCAUCUUCCACCUGUGACCAUGGGGCUGGGACUGGGCUGUGUUCUAGGAUUGGUGGCCCCCCCUUAGGGAAAGCAGGUGGCAGGUAGACGGCACACAGACGGCAUACUGGUCCUCUCUGAGGCUUGGCGACUGCCAACACCUCCCUGUAAGACUCCAGGACAAGGGACAGAAUAGCCCUAUUCUGUUCGGAUCCCUCAAAGCGGGCUUCCUGUCUCAGGGGUUUGUCUAUUCAGUCUGGCUCCUCAGAGCUUCGGAUUGCCCCUAGACUAGGGUCUGAACUAGAGAGUGUGCCCGGGGUCCUGUCUGGGACAGACACACCUAUUUCUGGGGCUGUGCAGGUUUUCAGGGUCUUUGUCCCCUGUUUGAGGCUUCCCUGUCCUUGGGAGGCUGGUGUGUGGUGAGUACCUAGGUCUCCCUCUACUGGACUCUGGCUUCCUCUUGCUCAAAGAGGACCAAGAAAUGCCACGCUGGCUCCCGGCUCUACGAUGGGGGUCCUGGUGUUGGCACUGGGGGAGGACAGCCCUGAAGGAAGGGUCCAUGGAGGGUAUCAGGGCAGGCCCAGCUUGCCUCCCGUUCCUCCUUACUCUAAGAGUGGGUGGGGGGUGUGGAGAGCCUUCGAGAAGGUCGUUCUCCAGCAGGUGGACAGAGAACACCUCAGCACGGGCAUGGGCUGCUUAUCAGAUCACAUGCCCACCCUGGCUGGGGGCACAGUCUUCCUUCCUCUCUUGACUUGCAGACUGACACCAGAGCUGGGGAUUUUCUAAGGGAAUGGGGGAGGGGAGGGCAUUGUCAGUGGUGGUAUCUUUAGCCUGAGACAGAAGAUUUUUAAAGGCAAAAUUAUAUUUCUGGUUUGUUGUUUCAGAAGACCAAUAAAGACUGUAUUUUCCUAUGUA